AUGAUCGCAGGUUGUUUCAGCCAACCCAACACCCCUUCUUCAUCAAGUAGCAGUAACUGUUCCCAAGUGCCGCAGAAUGUGGUAACAUGCAUAUACCAAACUCAACUAUGCAACUCCCCCACUUACCUCACUCUCAGUUGGUCCAAAACCCUUUUCUCUCAUUCCUUAACACUUUCUGCUGCAGAUAUAUCUUCCAUCACAAUUUCUCUUAACUCCUCAACCCUCUCCUUCUUUGGAACACGCCACGGUUCAAAAUCCAUCCGCCACCGCAAAAUCAAGCUCCACUGGAACUUCACGCGCGCAGAGUUCGCACAAAACUCCGCGGAACCCGAAUCCCGAUUCUACCUCGCAAUCUCCCAAAACGGCAAGCUCCAAUUUUUCCUCGGCGACCUUCUCCGCGAUCUAACUCGGCGGCAUAAGAAGCUCGAGGUUAAGGGCGGCAGCAGCAGCAGCAGCAACAACAACAACCUCGUUGAGCCGGUUCUGCUGUCGAGGAGAGAGCACGUGUUCGGAAGCAGAUGCUACGUGUCACGUGCGGUGUUCAUGGGGUCCAAGCACGUGAUAGAGAUCGAGUGCGACGGCGGCGGCGGUGUGAUGCAUGUGAAAGUUGACGGCGAGACGCGGUUGGUGGUGAAACGGUUGGCGUGGAAGUUCCGAGGGUACGAGAAAAUAUUCAUCGACGGAAUCGAAGUGGAGUUUUACUGGGACGUGUUAAGUUGGGUGGUUAACAGCGACAACAACAAGGGUCACGGUGUUUUUGUGUUUCAAGUUGGGGAUGGAACGGUGUGGCCAGAGAUGGUGGGGGCAGAAAAAAAGUUGAUAAAGAGAAACGUUUCAGGUUCAAGCGUGUUGCAGUGGGCAGAAGAGAGUAGUGAGUGUGGGAGAACUUCGUGUUCUUCAUCGACCAAGUCUUGUGGGAGCAAUGCCACUGGCUUCUCUUUGUUGCUCUAUGCCUGGACCCUAAAUUAA